ACACACACACACACACACACACACACACACACACACACACACACACACACACACACUGUGACUCAACACGAAUCAAAGAGCAAGCUAUUUAAGUGAAGCAUCUCAGAAUGGGAGAAGGAUCACGCUACCUCGUCAAUCACAUGGUGACGUUCUGUCUGCAGGAGGGAGAGGUGACGAGUGUGGAGGAGGCGCGUUUGCGCUUCUCUCAGCUGGCGCGUGCCAACCGCCUCUGGAGCCAGGAGAUGCUGCUGGAGAUCCAUCCUCAGGCCCUCCUGCUCAGAGACAAGGAGAGCCAGGAACUGCUGGAACAGUACUCUCUGUCUGCUCUGCACCGCUGUGAGUGUGUGUCAUCAGAGAAGCAGUACCCCUCUCUACUGCUGCUGGUAUGCCAGGCCUCCCCACACAAACAACCUGAGGUCCAGUUCUUCAACUGCAACACAGUCAAGGCAGAGCGCGUGCGUGAUGACAUCAUUGGAGCUGUGUCGAAGUAUGCUGGGCGGAUGAGAAAGCCCAACCCCGAGGACGUCAGGACUGAUAUGGAUAUCCACAGUAUCCCAAGUCCCCCCUAUGUUGAGGCUCAAAACCCCCCACCCGCCAACCCCCCUCCAUACCCUGGCAUCAAAGCUAAUGGGGUGGUGAAUGGACAACCAGACAAAGCUUUCUUACGAGCGCAGCGAGAAGUGGACAUCCUAAACCACUGCUUUGAUGACAUGGAGGCCUUCAUGGGCAAGUUGCAGCAGUCGGCCGAAGCCCAGAGCAUCCUGGACCAGAGGAACAAGAAGAAGAAGAAGAGCCGAAAGAAGAGUACAGAGGAUGAUCUGCUGACUGCAAAGGCCAAACCACCUCCUGAGGAGGAGUUCAUAGACAUCUUCCAGAAAUUCAAGUACUGCUUUAGUCUGCUGGCCCGACUAAAGGCAGCCAUUGCCAACCCUACGUCUGAGGAUCUAAUACACCACAUUUUCAAACCUCUAGACAUGAUAGUGAAGACCACAGGUGGCCCAGCACUAGCUGCCAGUGUGGCGAGUCCAGCUCUGACCACAGGGGCGGUCACUCUGCUGCAGCAAAAUGUCACAGAGGAGGAGAAGCAGCUGUGGACCGCACUGGGCCCCAACUGGACACAGCCACGUUCCCAGCUGCAGGGUCCCAUCCCUCCAUACAGCCCUGUGUUCCUGGGCGGCUGGAAGCCAGAGGGCGAUGACCCCGUGGAGACGCAGCACAGGCAGGAAGCAGAGCAGGAGCAGCAGCAGCAACAACCUGUAAAAACUGGAGUGAUGCCAGGUCCACCCAGAGAGCAAACGGAUAGUGGUGUACCAUCAGAAGAAAGGCUGUAUUGUGUCAGCUAUGACUUUGUGGCCAGAAAUAGCAGUGAGCUUUCUGUCCUACAAGGGGAGACCCUGGAGGUGGUUGAGGCGUCAAAACGUUGGUGGAAGGUUCGUAAUCGAUUUAAUGAGAUUGGUUUUGUGCCCUUCAACAUCCUGGAGCCAAUCUCCCACAUUGAGAGUCCUACAAAUAAAGCACCUAAGGCUCCUGCGCCUCCUCCGAUGCCCAAGAGUUUCUCCUACGCUCCGGCCACCCCUCCCACCCUCCACGUGGACUCCAGCGCCAACAGGCCUCGCAGCAUCGCCCUCGCACAGCACAUGCCCUCAGACUCCGACUCAGACAAGGUCAUGCAGGUAAAUGAUGAGCUGCUUCAGAGGCUGACCAAUGGGAAGUCAGGUUUGUCCCGCCCACUGGUUAUCCAUCGCUCUGCGGAGACAUCGCUUCCGCUCGACUACCAUUCACCACCAACGGAGGUGGAGGCAUGGCUUCGGGGGAAAGGCUUCAGUGAUCCGACGGUGCAGUGUUUAGGUGUGCUGAAUGGGGCCCAACUCUUCUCACUGAACAAAGAGGAGCUUCGUGCUGUCAUUCCUGAUGAGGGAGCACGAGUCUACAGCCAGAUCACAGUGCAAAAAUCUCUCUUGGAGGAUGAAAGAAGAGCUUCAGAGCUUGAGGCUGUGAUGGAGAAACAAAAGAUGAAGGUGGACCUUGAACUUGAGAGUGGAACCCUAACCUUAUAAUUACACACUACAAACACACACACACACAAUUAUAUACAGUAGAGUGCUUAUUUAUAAUGCCAAUAUCUACAGGCAUCCAUUUUAAAGAAAAUCCAGAAAUCCAUUGUAUAAACACUGAUUAUUUAACACAAACAGAGAAAGGGUGAAUGAUUGAGAGAAUGGAAGAGUGAAUGGUCAUGUACUCAUUGUAUGUUGUUGCUUAUUUGCUUUCCUUCUAAUCAGACAAAACAUUAUUCUUUCAUCCCUCUUGGCAAAUACUAAUAAAUGAAUGUAAUAAGACCAUGUGUGCAAACUCAUUAUAUGUUAUGUCAUUCACAUUGAAACUUAGCUGUUGUUAACACACCUCACUAUGAUAAAGUUAUAUGGAUGUCUUCAUUUCUAAAAAUGUAAAAUAAUGAUAAUGUAUCAUGAAGUCAUACCCUUUCCAUCUAUUUUAAUCUGUUUAGUCUCCCUGUAAUAUCACAUGAGAUAUUCCACAGGUUACACUGCCCACUUUGAAAGUAAAUCCGGCUUAUAAUAGUCUUCAGUGUGUGUCCCAAAGGAAAAUGUCUUUGUAUGUAUGUAUGUAAUGUAUUUGAGAAAUAAAUCAGAUUUUUAUUGAAA